AUGACACGACACAUUGACCGCGUUUUCUUUUGGACGGACAGUAAAUGUGUUAUCGGUUGGAUACGAUCUACUGCAAUUUGGUAUGAGCCGUUCGUCGCUCACCGAGCUAGCGAAAUCCAAACGUUGACAGACCCAAAGUCCUGGCGCCACGUACCUGGCCGACUGAAUGUAAGUGACUGUGCCACCCGUUCGAGAUUUGAUGAGCGGUCGGAAUUGAUUCCCGUGCGUUGGUUCACUGGUCCUGAUUUCCUUUAUCAAGGUGAAGAUAACUCGCCAAAGGAAAUGCCUGCUGAAGAGUUACAGCAACACGAAGAAAUCAAACCAAGCAAAAUAUUCGUUGCCAAAUUCAACCCAGAGCGUGUUCCCGUCUAUGCUGACGUGGAUUUGGAGCGAUUUUCGUCCUUGUCGAAAGCACAACGAGUGGCAGCGCAAGUUCAUCGUUUCUUCAGUGUAUUUAAAGGAAAGAAACCGGAGAGUAGUGCCGUAACCGUACAAAAAUUACGAGUUGGACUGACUGCCCUAGUGCGCCAAUGUCAACGAGAAGCAUUCCGCGACGAGCUCCAAUCCUUGGAAAGAACGAAACGUGUCAACAAAGCGAUCAAAACUGUUGCCUUUUACACCCUACCUGGACGAAAAUAACGUAACCCGUGUUGGAGGAAGACUUGAACGGGCUCAAUUGCCUUACGAGGUGCGACACCCGAUCCUCUUACCUCAGAAACACCGUUUGACCGAGCUGAUUGUCGGGAGCUAUCAUCGGUUCGAAAAACACGGAGGAACUGACCACGUUUUGGCCGCAAUUCGUCAAAAGUUCUGGAUAAUUCGCGGACGACAGGAAGUCAAGAGUUUCAAGAGAAAGUGCGCCCAGUGUAAGAAAGAACGAGCGAAGCCCGGCAGUCAGUUACUAAGUGAACUUCCUAUCGAAAGAAUAACUGCCAUGCAACCAGCAUUUUACCACACUUCUGUGGAUUAUUUCGGGCCAAUCGAAGUCAAGCUGACUCGAAACACGAAGGCGAAGAGAUACGGCGCCCUGUUUACAUGCAUGACGACUCGAUGUGUUCAUUUGGAAGUUGAUGAAACGUUAUCCACCCCUGACUUCCUACAAGCUCUUCACAAGAUGAUGGCGAGGCGUGGAGAGCCAAGAUCUAUCUACAGUGACAACGGCACGAACUUCGUCGGCGCAGUCUCUGAAUUGAAGUCGAUGAUGGUUAGAGAACUAAAUCAUAGUGAAGAACUUCAAACCCGUCUAGCUAGAAUUGGAGAAGGAAUCACCAGGAAGUUCCAACCCCCUGCAACCCUCACUGGGGAGGAGUACACGAAAGUUUAG